AUGGUGGGCGCAAUGCCUGUUAACUUAAUACCAAAAUUUUGUAACGGUACCAUGGACAGUCACAAUGGUACCGAGGAUAACGAAAUUCAAGUGCACAUCGGUAGUCGCGUUAAGAGUACCGAUGAUUUUGGUACGGUAAAGUAUAUCGGUGAAGUGCACGGAUAUAAGGGUGUUUGGUACGGAGUUGAAUGGGAUGACCCAGCGAGGGGUAAACAUGAUGGUUCUGUGGACGAUGUCCAAUACUUCAAGACGUCUAAACCAGGCGCUGGUUCGUUUAUUCGUCCGAACAAAAUUUCUCCGUUCAAAACUUGUGCUGAAGCUAUCAGAAAGUACUACGGUGAUCGCGAGGAUGAGACCGUAGCAGCCCAUCGUAGGACUGUCAUCAAUGAGUGGAAGCGAGAGAUGGGUGCACCUUUCAUUGAAAUGGUCGGCUUUGAGAAAAUUCAUCAGAAACAAAAAUUCGACCGUCUCCUAGAAGUAUGCGUCCACGACCAAAACAUCUCGAAGGCCGGUGACGUAGCGUCCCUCUGCCCAAACGUCCGCAGUUUGGAUGUGUCACGCAACCUCUUCUCCAACUGGCGUGAAGUUAUACAACUGUCCGCGCAACUGCCGGAUUUGACGGAACUUGAUGUUAACAAAAACCGUAUGGCCAUAGACAUGUCAGAAGAAACGAUGGCACAACUGUCAAUCAAUUUCGCCAACCUGGAGAAACUAAACAUUUCAGUAUGCGACUAUGAAUGGGUUGACAUCCUCGCUCUAUCACACUUAUGGCCGAAAUUAAACGAAAUGAUCGCUGCGUACAACAGAAUAAAGACUAUAAUCCCACCAUCAGUUACCCUCAGAACUUUAACAGUAUUAAAAUUGGAUGGAAAUCCUCUAGCAUCGUGGUACGAAGUCAUGAACCUCGGUAUGAUGAAAAACUUAAAGGUUCUAAGUUUAAACGAUUGUCAAAUAACUGAAAUAAGGUUCAAUGAGAACCCCGAAGACAAAGUUGACAUUUUUGAAAAAUUGGAAGUUCUCUUUUUGAAUCGGAACCGGAUUAAUGACUGGCGAUCUCUAAGUGAACUGAACAAGCUGGCCUGCCUGAAGAAACUCUACUUCCUGAAGAACCCCAUACAAGAGACUGAGGACUAUGAUACUGGAUCACAACUUGUUAUUGCUAAAAUUGAUACGCUACAGGAACUAAACGGCUCAACAAUAACUCGAGAGCUGCGUCGUGGAGCUGAGUAUGACUAUAUGAAGCGGUACGGAGCUGAAUGGAAAGCUGCACAGAGUGACCCGGCCAGCCAACGAGCGUUCAACAUAGAACACUGUCGAUUUACUGAACUUAUUAACAAAUACGGCAUUCCAGACGACAGCCUGCUUGUGAAACAACCCAAAACAAUGACGCUCACAUCACAGCUCCUAGAAAUAAUACUACGAGAUGAAAACGGCAAGUCAUGCAAAAAGAAAUUCCCGUCCUCCAUGUUUGUGCAAAAGCUGGUCACACUCGCACAAAGACUGUUCCCCAGACCUGGUCACACUGGCCCACCGACGCUAUAUCUACUCGAUGAUCAAAUGAAAGGAGCCGAAAUAUGCCUCGACAACGUCAUGAAAGAUCUCGCCUAUUUCUCAGUCAAAAAUGGAGACAUAAUCCUCGUCAAAUUCAGAUAA